GCGAAGCCCCGGGCGAGGAGGAUUCCACCUGCUGCCAUUUGUCCCAGGCUUCGGUGGCCGGGGCGACGCGCGACCGGAGCCCCGCGAGACCGGCGACCGCAGCAAAGCGCCUCGCUCUGCCCAGCGGACAAGCCAAUGAGCGGCGACGCCAACUGCGAAGGCGGGAUGGAGGAGGCUGCAACUAGUAAACAGCAAGAAACAUUGCAGAGAAAGAAGAAUGCAAUAUUAGUGGAUGGUGUAAUUUUAAAUGGCCCAGUAGCAGAUUCCAAAGCAGGAGAAAAAUUUGUGGAGGAGGCCAGUAAGUUAAUAAUGGAGGAGGUGAUAAAGAAAGCCACUGAUGUAACCGAAAAGGUAUGUGAAUGGCAGCCUCCUGAAAAACUGAAAACACUACUUGAUUUAGAUCUGAAAGACACUGGAGAGACCCAUCAGAGACUCUUAAAACUUUGCCAGGAUGUUAUACGAUUCAGCGUCAAAACAAAUCAUCCAAGAUUUUUUAAUCAGUUGUAUGCUGGUAUUGAUUACUACUCUUUAGUGGCGCGUUUCAUUACGGAAGCAUUAAAUCCAAGUGUGUAUACCUAUGAAGUAUCCCCAGUGUUUUUGUUAGUGGAAGAAGCAGUCCUAAAGAAAAUGAUUGAAUUUAUAGGGUGGGAAGAAGGUGAUGGCAUAUUUAAUCCAGGUGGCUCUGUUUCUAAUAUGUAUGCUAUGAACUUGGCUAGAUACAAAUACUGCCCUGACAUAAAGGAAAAGGGACUGUCAGGGAUGCCACGACUGGUGCUAUUCACAUCAGAAGAGUGUCAUUACUCCGUGAAGAAGGCAGCAUCUUUCUUGGGAAUUGGCACACAAAAUGUUUACUUCAUCAAAAGCGAUGAAAGAGGUAAGAUGAUACCUGAGGAACUGGAGAAACAAGUCCAGCGGGCCAGGAAAGAGGGAGCCGCACCGUUUUUUGUCAGUGCCACAUCUGGCACCACAGUUUUGGGAGCAUUUGAUCCUCUGGAUGAAAUAGCUGACAUUUGUGAAAAACAUGACCUUUGGCUGCAUGUGGAUGCAUCCUGGGGAGGCUCAGUGUUGCUGUCGAGGAAGCAUCGCAAGCUUUUGCAAGGUGUUCACAGGGCCAAUUCUGUGGCUUGGAAUCCUCAUAAGAUGCUUAUGGCAGGGAUCCAGUGCUGUGCUCUUCUAGUGAAAGACAAUUCUGACUUGCUUAAGAGAUGCUACUCUGCCAAGGCUUCAUACCUUUUCCAGCAAGACAAGUUCUAUGAUGUCAGUUAUGACACAGGUGACAAAUCGAUCCAGUGUAGCAGAAGAGCGGAUGCUUUCAAAUUCUGGAUGACAUGGAAGGCGUUGGGAACCACUGGUCUGGAGGAGAGAGUAAACCGAGCCCUCGCCCUAGCCAGAUAUCUAGUGGAGGAAAUUAAGAAGAGGGAAGGGUUUCAGCUGCUGCUGGAGCCGGAAUAUGCAAAUAUUUGCUUCUGGUACAUUCCGCCUCGCUUGAGAAACAUGGAGAGAGGACCUGAGUUCUGGGAGCAGCUCCAUCAGGUUGCACCCACCAUUAAAGAGAGAAUGAUGAAAAAAGGCAGCAUGAUGCUGGGGUACCAACCUCAUUGCGGUAAAGCGAACUUCUUUCGCCAGGUCAUCAUCAGCCCCCAAGUGAGCCGUGAGGACAUGGACUUCCUGCUUGAUGAGAUAGACUCACUUGGCCGAGACUUGUAGCUGGUAUUCCACAACACAAGUGACUCCUUGUGUGUGUAGAGUUUACACAUGAAGAAUGCAUGCAGGAUAAUGGUACUAGGCCAUGGAACCCGUAGAUCAGUGCUUAAAUAACUAAAAAGCAGUUAUGGGACAGCAGGGAAGUGUUGCUUUUGAAAUAAAUAUUCUGUGUUCAAUGUUAGCAGGUAUUAAAUUGAUAAUUAAUGUCAAGGUAGGCCAAAUUUUAACCACUGACAAAUUGUUACGAGUGAAUUGAAGUCCAUAGGGUUUCCAUGCUACAAAAGGACUUAGCUUAUAAUGAGUAUUAUAAAAUGUUAGUGUGUUGCAGGCUAAAGGGUAGAGACUAAAGGUCAGUGGGAAUCUAUCAGUGCAACAGUUUGCAGACAGUAGAAUUCCCUCAUCUACCAACUUUUCUCCAUAAAUAUCCAUAAUUUCUUUGAAAAGCAAAAUGUUGCAGUUAAUUCAUAAGCCUUUUUUUUCAAAAAUUGUAAUUUAUGAUCUACUGUUCUGAUUAAAUCUUUAAUGUGAAAGCAUAAGCAAGGUAUUUCUUAAGCAUUUUAGAAUUAUUCAAACUAAAGAAAUUUGAUAAACAUGUUUGUGUGCGUGUGUGUGUAUAUAUAUAUAAAUAUAUAUUUCUCAUAGAGUUGUAUUUUUUUAAUGCUGUGUGGCUAUUUAAAGAUUAUUGUGAUGAUUCAACCAUUGGUGUGUUUCCGAAGAUGUAAAAAUUAUCAAAUUUCAUAGGAGCAGAAUGUAUCUGGGGGGAGACGGUAUGGAAACAGUAAUGUGUGCAAUAAAUUGAAAUUUGUUCUUAAUCAAAGAGGCAUAGUUUAUAAGGCAAUUCAAUAUUUUUGUGAAGCUAAAAGGCCCAUAAUGGGUUUAACCCAUUUUAUUUUAUUGAUGUUACAGUUUGUUUUAGCAAAUAAAUUUCUUGUUCAUGAUCUUGCAUUACUGUAUAUGAGACUUUGGUUCUAUCUGCUCACUGAAUUUGGAAGUUAAAUUUGUGACAUGGUGUA